AUGGCGGGUAAGACCUGUCUUUCACAUGAUGAUUAUACAGUUGGAUGGAUCUGCGCCUUACCACUGGAAAUGGCCGCUGCAACAGUUAUGCUCGAUGAGAAGCACGAGAAAUUACGCAGGCAACCGAAUGACCACAACGAGUAUGUUCUUGGACAUAUUGGGGAACAUAAUAUUGUGGUUGCAUGCCUGCCUAGCGGCGAAUAUGGAAUUACAUCUGCUACUACGGUAGCUAUGCAGUUGCUGUCUAGUUUCCACUCAAUUCACUUUGGUCUUAUGGUCGGAAUUGGAGGAGGGGUCCCGAAGGAGGAUAAGGAUAUCCGACUUGGUGAUAUCGUGGUCAGUGAGCCAACUUAUACUCAUGGGGGAGUAGUGCAAUACAAUUACGGCAAAGCAUUGAGUGGCGGCGAAUUUCGACGGACAGGCAUGCUCAACCGUCCGCCUCAGAGUCUCUUGACGGCGCUUUCUAAACUACAAGCGACUCAUUACACAAAACCAAGCCAAGUGAUUAAUUUUCUUGCUGAGAUUGAGCAGAAACUACCAACAGAACAAGCUGCAAACUUUGCUCGUCCUACACAGACAGAUCAGCUAUUCCUUGAUAACUAUGAGCAUACCAACACCCACACUCAAACUUGCAAUGGCUGUGAUACAACCCAAACCAUACGGCGUCAGUGUCGGAGCCACAAUAAUCCUUUUAUCCACUAUGGAUUAAUUGCAUCGGCAAAUCAAGUGGUGAAAGACAGUCAACUACGGGAUAAGCUUGGUCGCGAUUUGGGUGUUCUCUGCGUGGAGAUGGAAGCGGCCGGACUCAUGAACAACUACCCAUGUCUCGUAAUACGUGGAAUUUGUGAUUAUGCAGACUCACACAAAAAUAAGGAGUGGCAGGGAUACGCCGCGGCAGUGGCAGCAGCAUAUGCGAAAGAAUUGCUACUCACAGUGUCUGCGGAUCAGACCAGAAACACAAGAGCUAUAACGAAUGUGCCAUCUUCGCCCACAGUAAGCGGCCACAGUCUCAUCAUAAUAUAUGUCGAUCUUAUCUAA